AUGGUGCGACGCAAGCGUAGCAUUUCGUACCGGUCGGAGCGGGAGAGGAACCGGGGGCGUGACCGUGACAAGCGGCAGCGCAAGCGGCUCGACAACGAGAGGAACAUGCUGGAGAUGCUCAGCGUGAUGUCCGCCUGCUCUCUGGAGCGCCGUGAAGAGGCGAAGGGGUCCGCUGAGGCGGGUGCGGCCGAGCCCGGGGGUAGCCGUGACGUGCCCGAGAGUGGUGCUGGGGGCGCGUCAACCAUGGAUGACGACCGCUCCGCCUCCGCGUCUCCCGCCUUCAAGCCGGGCACUCCGAACCAGACUGCGUUCGACCCAGCCGCCGCCGCCGCCGGCCAGUAUCGCCAGCCGCCGGCGCAGUCCAAGUAUUCCCAGCUGCUGGCCGUCAUUGAGGACAUGGGACGCGACAUCCGACCCACCUACUCGGGCAGCAAAAGCAGCGCCGAGCGCCUGAAACGCGGCAUCGGACACGCGCGCAUCCUGGUCCGCGAGUGCCUCAUCGAGACGGAGCGCAGUGCCAAGUCGUGA